ACAAAAUGUAACUGGUUUUGAAACGAUCUUUGUAGUUUACUUAUGGUAUUUAUGGAGAAACUACAGUGACAGGUCAUGAGCAAAUAGGAGGUCCAAUACGAAACCAGAACAAUCUGUACCUGAAAUCCAAGAGAAUGUCCACAAAUACAUCUGUGUGAGAGCACAUGGGACACCUCUACAACCUGGUCUUGGUCAAGAAGGGUCAAUUGGACCACUAUCAUGCAAAAACAGAUUAUCCAGAGUUUUGAGAAGAUACAGCUCAACCUUUGGUUCGUAAAAGAGGUUUUUGAGCUCAUCCUUGGAUCUGUUUUUUACAUUUUUGAAGCCUUUGUUCGACUUUUUAUUCCGCGUCCCAGAAAAGAUGUGGAGGGGGAGAUCGCUUUGGUGACGGGCGCAGCUAAUGGUAUUGGAAAACUGAUCGCCAAAGAACUUGGUCAACAUGGAGCUACAUUAGUCCUGUGGGACAUCAAUUCAGAUGCGCUGGAUCGGACUGCAAAAGAACUACAGCAAGCAUUAGAUGUGCGUGUGUAUGCUUACACCUGUGACUGUAGCAGAAGAAGUGAGGUCUACAGAGUUGCUGAACUGGUUAAAAAGGAAGUUGGAGAUGUCACAAUCUUGGUGAACAAUGCAGGAGUGGUAACAGGGAAAUACACCUUCACUGAAGCUCCCGACAAUCUGGUGGACAGAACACUAAGGGUUAAUGUUGCUGCUCAUUUCUGGACCUACAAGGCAUUUCUGCCGGUUAUGAUGCAACGGAAUCAUGGGCACCUGGUCUGUGUGGCGUCCCAUGGAGGGCUGUUUGCUAUGAAUGGCCUUGCAGAUUAUUGUGCAAGUAAAUCUGCGGCAGUGGGUUUUGCGGAAUCCAUUGCGCUGGAGCUGCUUGUCCUCAGAAAGGAAGGAGUCAAAACAACAAUAGUGUGUCCCUAUCUAUUAAACACAACAAUGUUUGCGGGAUGUCAAACAAAGAGAACAUCUUUUCUUCCAAUCUUGGAUUGGAGAGAUACAGCUAAAAAGAUUGUGGAUGCCAUAUUAAGAGAGAAAAUGUACCUGCUGUUACCUUCAAGUCUAAACUUCAUGAUGGCACUCAAAAGUAUCAUGCCUGCCAAACUGGGCAUCAUCUUUGCGAACUUCUUUGGUGGAAUGGAUUUGAUGGAUCACUUCAGAGGGGUCCCUGUACCUAUUAUCAGCUAUAAAAAGCCUCAACUCCAACAAAAUGAUAAUGUCAAUGAUCCACCCCCCACGCUUAUCUAUUACAACUAAGCAAAAUGUGUCGGAAUAUAACAUGAACACAGCCUGUUUACAUCUCCAGCUUUAAUGAUUCGUUUAUCCUCUUAAGGCCAGCAUAAAUAUGAACACAUCUUUUUGGCAAUGUUAAAGCUACACUAUUGAACUUUUGCUCACGGCUCCCCCAUGUGGUUGAUAAGUGCAGUUGUCUGUUACCAGUGUCAUAAAUUAUGUCGCUGUAUAAGCUUCCGGUGGGCAGCGCAAAACACAUGAAUUUGUUGACUAAACUGAUGAAACCGGCGAAUGCAGAAACGUUUGGAAACCAUCUGGCACUUCAGAGUGUUGAUUUAACUGUGUAUAUAUAUUUUUUCUGUGGUUCAUUUUGUAGUAACAAUUUCCACACUAAAUAAAUAUCGUAUAAAACAA